GUUCAACACGUCUGCUUCGGACCCGGCACACCCCUCUGGCGACUUCAGGACAUCCAGCGAAGAUGGUCGACAGAAGCCAUCGCGUUUCCCGGCUUUCCGUGCAUCCUCGCUAUGGCCCGCGCGAAUCCGUGUUCACGAGCGCUCCGCCGGACAUGUACCGUUCGGAGAAUGCAGUCUGCAGCCCUUUUUUGCGGGAAUGUGUCCUUGCCAUGGAAGAUUGCUGCGAAGAGGCCAGGGAAGCACAGAAGGUGGUACGAGCGGGUACCUACGACCUGCCCCGGAUCACAAAGGUGUUGGAGAACGAGCAUAUAUUCCUCCUCAUUGACGAGGCGACCGUCCGGAGAUACAAGGCUGACCUUACCGACGAGAUUGAACCACAGAUCAACGAGUUGAUAUCCAGGGCGGAGAAGGGCCUCCAGAUCCUGCUCAAGAGGGAGAGCAUGCUACGAGCCAAGGUCGAAUCCUCCAUGCCCUCACGGCCGUCCUCGCGCGCGGCGGUCACCAUCAAUACGGCAGGGAUGUCGAAGCUGGAUAUCAGGAAGAUUCAGAUGCUCUCCAGGCAACGCGAGAAGCUCGAAGACGAGGCGGCCGCAUUACAAAGGGAGAUCGACGAUUUGGAGCUCGCCGCCAUGAAGAAAAGGUGAUCAUACUCACUUUCCGGGCUCUACGCUCCCCGAUGACCACCGCCUCGGCUACCUCGCCGGCCUUUAGCUCGGACGGCCCGUCGGAGGCCUGCGCCGGGAGGGCAACCAGGCCGUUCGCCCCGCUCAGGCUUGCCACC